GUACUAUCUUGUUUGAAUAUUAAGAAUACCAAUGUCCAGCAGGUGGAGAAAUUGUAUUUUAACAACAAUCUCAAUUCCCAAACGAAGUAGGAGAAGCAGACCUGUUUGGCAGUAAGCGCUGGACAAGGAUGUUAAUAUUGCACUAUGUAAACUAGAUAGGCCAGGUUCAAUGUUCAGAAGCAGGUGCAUUUUCACAGCUUCAAGGCAUUGGAUUCGUUCACCAGCUUGGAGACCUCAGCUGCUCAUCAGGAUGUCCAGUUCUCCUCUCCCAGUGGCUGCUGUGUGUCAGAUGACGGCCACUCCAGAUAAGGAAGCUAACUUUUUUGUCUGUAAAAACCUGGUGGAAGAAGCCAAACAGAGAGGAGCUAGCAUGGUGUUUUUGCCUGAGGGGUUCGACUAUAUUGGAUCAAAUCAAGAGGAAACACUGUCACUCUCUGAGAGCCUAGGGGAAGAGACAGUCUCAAGAUUCACUGAUAUGGCCAGGAAGUUGGAGGUUUGGCUGUCUCUUGGUGGGUUUCAUGAACGAGGACCAAACUGGAAAACAGACAGGAGAAUUUAUAACAGUCACAUCAUUAUAAAUGAUAAAGGAGACAUAGUAACAGUGUACAGAAAAGCCCAUUUGUUUGAUGUGGAGCUGCUGGAAAAAGGAGUAUCCCUCAAAGAAAGUGCUUCUACUAUUCCUGGACCUUCACUUAUUGCACCAGUUCAAACUCCUAUUGGCAAGGUUGGGCUGGGCAUCUGCUAUGAUCUACGAUUUCCUGAACUUUCACUGGCUUUACAAAGACAGGGAGCAGAGAUUCUGACCUAUCCAUCUGCCUUCACUGUAGCAACAGGAAUAGCUCACUGGGAGGUCCUGCUCCGUGCUCGGGCCAUAGAGACACAGUGCUUUGUCCUGGCUGCGGCUCAGGUGGGCCCACAUCACAGUAAGCGUUCAUCUUACGGCCAUGCUUUAGCUGUAGACCCCUGGGGAGAGGUGCUGGGGGACUGUGGAGGGGAGCAGCCUGGACUCAUCAUGGUCGAAAUAAAUCUGGAAAAAAUUGAAAAUACUAGAAAAAACAUGCCAGUUCAAGAGCAUCGCAGAAACACUGACUUUUACCACAGUCUAGAGAAGACAAAAUAGUGAUAAUAAAAUAAUAUUCAUUUACAAUAGUGUGAUGUGAGUCAAAUUUUUGGUUAACGUUAAUAUAAAGUUGUCUGAAAUGUAUUUGAUCGUGUUUUUUUUAAUGCCGUUAACAGAAUAUAAGUGGAUUUCCUACAGAUGGCGCUGUUUAAUCAUUUUAGAAUACAGCAUAAUUUGAAAGAUAAUUUACCCUCUGCAUCAAACCGGUAAUGCACUCUUGUUGAUUAUUUUGUUAACUGCAUAAAUUGAUCUUUGGGGUUAUCAAAUGCAAAGGCACCACAUGUAUUGUUUGAAUUGUUAUUAUUUAUGUUGUUUUUUGUUUUAUAAUAAUAAGUAAAAACUUUUUUUUACAU